UUCGCGACUACGCUGAAAUUGAAGCUAAUAUCCCUUUAUUCAAUAUUUAAUUGCCAAGGGUUAAACAAAAAACACUGUUGGUAUGGAAACUAUAUUAAAGCCUCUCGUAUCUGGAUUGCAAGCGCAGAGAUUUAUGGCGCCAAUAAACAUGCGAUGGCAAAAGAGAAACAUAUCCUGAAACAAUGGCGCGUCUUUAUUAGAAUUUUUUUAAUUGAUCAAACGUUCUUAAAUUUAGGAAGUUACACAGUCGGAUCCCAACCAACAGGAAUAAGCUAUCUGAGGUUGAGUAUUAUAUUUUGAAAUGGAUUUGGGGGGUGCGGAGCUGAGGCACUCCGGAUCCGCCUCCGCCAGAUCUUCAUCUUCCUCCUCUCCGUCUGCUGCCGCUGCCGCUGCCGCACAAUCUAAAGAAAAAGAAACACAAUCUCCUCAGGCCAAACAACAGCAGGACUUUAAAAUUAAAGGAUGGAAUUUCUCCUCUAUUUACCUUGGAAAAGAUGACAGGAUUUACAGGAAGAUUUCUAUAGUGUUGCUCUGUGCCGUUGUGCUUGCAGCAACCAUUUCCUUGCCUCCUGUCUGGAACCGCAUAAAUCCUCCUUAUUUGUGCAAGAAGGAAGGAAUUGUUCUCCAUUGUCCGCAUGUAAAAGAUACACCAUCUCUUUGGGAGAAUCCAUACUCUGCAACAACUUCAUGGAAGCCUUGUGCAGAAAGGAGAAUUUUUUUAUCGUCUCCACUACAGGAGAAUGAAACAAAUGGAUACAUACUUAUCCAUGCCGAGGGAGGCCUCAAUCAGCAACGAAUAUCUAUAUGCAAUGCAGUGGCAGUUGCCAAAAUAAUGAAUGUGACAUUGAUUCUACCUAUUUUAAAGCAAGAUCAGAUUUGGAAGGAUCAAACGAAGUUUGAGGAUGUUUUUGAUGUAGACCAUUUCAUUGACUACUUAAAGGAUGAUGUUCCAAUUGUAAGGGAUAUUCCUGCAUGGUUCCCUGAGAAGGAAGAAUUAUUUACUAGCAUUAGGCGUACUGUUAAAAAUAUUCCAAAGUAUGCUUCUGCAGACUUUUAUCUAGAUAAUGUACUUCCAAGGAUAAAUGAGAAGAAGAUCAUGGCGUUAAAGCCUUUUGUGGAUAGACUUGGAUAUGAUAAUGUUCCAGCAGAAAUAAAUCAAUUGAGGUGCAGAGUUAAUUAUCAUGCGUUGAAGUUUCUACCUGAAAUUGAAGAAAUGGCAGAAGUUUUGGCCUCAAGGAUGAGGAACCGUACAGAAGUGCAACAUCCUUACAUGGCUCUACAUCUGCGUUUUGAGAAGGGCAUGGUUGGCCUGUCAUUUUGUGAUUUUGUUGGAACAAGAGCUGAGAAGGCAAUGAUGGCUGCUUACAGGCAAAAAGAGUGGCCACGACGUUAUAAGAAUGGGUCCCACCUUUGGCAAUUAGCAUUGCAGAAACGUAAGGAAGGCCGGUGUCCACUUGAGCCAGGAGAAGUUGCAGUUAUCCUAAGAGCCAUGGGAUAUCCAAAGGAGACACAGAUUUAUGUUGCAUCAGGACAAGUAUAUGGUGGUCAGAAUCGCAUGGGACCCCUAAGAAAUAUGUUCCCUAAUUUGGUUACAAAGGAAGAGUUGACAUCAGAAGAGGAAUUAAAACCUUUUAGGAAGCAUAUUACGAGCCUUGCAGCCCUUGAUUUCCUUGUCUGCUUGAAGUCUGAUGUCUUUGUGAUGACACAUGGUGGAAACUUUGCUAAAUUGAUAAUCGGGGCUAGGCGGUAUAUGGGACACCGUUUGAAAUCUAUAAAACCUAAUAAAGGAGUUAUGUCGAGAGCUUUAGGGGAUCCUUUCUUAAGCUGGCCAGAAUUUGUGGAUGAUGUUGUUGUCACCCAUGAAACACGAACUGGGUUGCCAGAGUUGACCUUUCCUAAUUAUGAUAUUUGGGAAAACCCUUUAAGUCAUUGCAUGUGCAAAACAUAAAACUGGAAUAUUUUUGCGUAAGCAUGGUAUUCCAUUGUAAGAAUUUGCUCAUUUUUGUUAAGAGUAUUAGACAUCUUUGCAAGGUGUUUCUCUUCAGAGUGUUUGGUGGUAGGAUUUCAGUUCUUCUCUGCUCUCUGUAAAUAUUUCAAGCUGCUGCAUGAAAUCUUGUCUUGCAUUGGUAUCUUAGCAGAGUGAUUAAAUGAAUUUCACUUUCAGAGGCCUUACUUGACAGCCAGCUGUACUAAAUAUCUACAAGCAACCAGGGUCUGUAAUUUACCAACUUGUCAUCUAAUAUUGGUAAUUUGUAUGUUGUCUCUUGACUUUAUAGAAGCCAAUAUUUCUUGAUUUGAAUAUAGCUCAGUUUUGGGGAUGAAUGGAUGCUGGAGACAUGACAAUAUGUGGGGACACUCUAUACAUUUCAGAGGACAUUAUGGUCCCUAACAUGGGUGAUUAUGCUUUCUAAAACAACAAUGAAAUUUAUGAUUACCAAUUUGAAAUUGAUUAAUCUUUGGAAUAUUUUGAUAGUA